AUGUUUCGUAACCGUAAGGUUUUUUUGCAAUACGGCGGCGUUGUAGAAUUAUCUCGGCUCCAAGCAAACGUUAUGCAGCUCCACCGACCAAUAAUCACGAUUUUUACGCUACUCGAAGAUUUGAAGUAUCUUGAGAGCUGUUCCAAAUCCCUUCGGCUAAUUUUUAACCCAGCUAGCGGCCAGUCAAUGAGAGUUUGCAUGAAAGAGUGCUGGAAGUCCCCUAAGCGCAUAUUACAGAUUCAGGAAUUUGACGAGUUCCAACCCUUGUCCGAAUUGAUGAACCACGAAGAAUUGUUUUCCGCCGUGUACCUGCAGAUCUGGAUUUAUGCCAUGCGCAAUUUUCACAUGUUAUCAAACUCACCCCGAAAAGAUCCAGGUUAUCCAAAACCCCAAUUCAAAGGUACCCAUCCAUUCUUUGCUUUCAGACUCGCUCUGCUAGCCCGAGAACUUGGGUUUGAAAACACUUUAGUCGACGAAAUUUUGCAUGAGAAUGCAUACCGGAAUGUCGCAAGAGCUGUACUCUCAGACCUUUUGUCGGUAGAUACUAGUAUCAGUGAGCUAGAGCCUACUGCAAUUUUAGACAGAUUGGGGGACAGUAUAAAGGAUGCAUUGGAAAGGAUUCAUGGACCGAUUACAAUCGAACAUCCAAGCGUUCUAGAGUCUACAAAUAAUAUAGUAAAACUGAAGCGCUGCGGCAGACCAUAUAUGCAGUCACAUCAAAAUGACCGCAAUCACCUUUAUCUCCGCCAAAUCGUGAAUCUCGAGGAACCUUCAUCAUCUAUUACUUCGAUCCAUGUGAAGAGGGCAUUCAUUUUUAAUUUUUGGGGCGGCUUCCUGUCGGGGAUUACUACCGGAGCACUGCUGGCUAGCAAUAGGAACCCUGAUCAUGAGAGAGACACAGCCGAGCAUAGCGCCGGAAACCAGCCUACAAUUCGGGUAGAACAAAUGGAGAUUGACGGGUCACGAUCGGAUACUCAAGCAGGGCCCGAAAGGAGAAAAGGGACGAAUAAACGAGAUCAUGCUAGUGCCCCAAUGCAAAAUGCGCUAGAGGUGGGUCCGAGGGAAACGAGGGCGAAAGCAGCUAAGAGGCUAGUUCAAGAUAAUGGCGUCUAUAAUAUCUUUGCAAUUACAAAUAACGCUCUCAUCGUCGGCGUUGAUGAUCACAAUUACCAAGGAAGCAUUUCAUUUUCCGUAUCCGGCUCCCGAUACCAACUACAUUUUCAUAAAAAUCUUGUCCAAUCCCGCAUAAUAGAUUUGUCAGGAUCCUACAACCUUACCGAUUGCAUUUAUCUGCGCAAUGGCAAGUCUUACCAAAAUAAACAAGCUUCCCAAGCUUUCGCUCUUUCAGAGGGAAUCGCCAAUAUUGUGCUUGUUCCCAAGAAUUUGGGCCCGGCAAACAUAAUACACCAAGUCAUUCCCGAAGUACACUCACAACUAGGAGACGAUUUGUUUAAUAUUCUUAGGAGGAAACUUGAUCGACGCACAGAAUAA